UUGCCAAAAAAUUGAUAACAUAUUUUUGUCUAAUUGAGCGCACAAAUAAUAAUGUGUUAUUUGAAACAACUUCAGGCGACUUAGCAGACGUGACUCGUGCACAAAUUGACCAGGGCCUCGUUUUGUCAGGAAAUAAUGAGGAACGUUCAGCCAUAUCAAAUGUUGAGACAGAUUCGUCAGGAAGCCAAAUUUUGUAUAUGAAUGCCACACCUUCAGGUGAUGGACAGUUAAAUUUAGCUAUUAUUCCUAACGAUACAAAUGUAAACCAAGAUGACCAAUCCGUAAAUUUCGGCUCCCAUCCUAUUUAUUCAUCACCGGUACCAUCACCAUCGGCAAAUUUGGGGUUGCAGACACAAGGUUUUAACAAAGUUGUGCUCAAACAUUUGGCAGCAAUAAAAACUGGACAAAAAUCAAUACUGGAAAAGUUGGACUUAAUUCUCAACAAUCAGAAUAGAAUCGGAGUAGGACUUGACUUGAACACGGAAACGGAAGAGCCUGACUUCUCGUCAUUGCCAAUCUUUCCCCUUGAAAGUGUGGACGCCCUUGAACAACUCGAGUCGCAAUUGGCUAUAGACGAUGAACGGAAAUUAUUUGUACUUUAUCUAAUUGACAUUGGAGGUAAAAGUCUCGGCGAAACAGUCAAGCGAAUUUUACAGAGAAUUGUUAGCGAAGAUCUCGCCAUAGAUUUGAGCUACACUGGUCUAGGAAAGAACAAAAAACCAUUUAAUAUCUACAAACAUAUUGUUAAUUGCAUCACAGCUGCAACAAAGAAAAAUAAGAGACUCCCUGCAGAAGUGGAAAAAACUGAGUUUGCCAUUCGUGAAAUAGUGAUGGACUUCUUCCGGUACUCGAGGCCAAGGAAAGCAGCGGCUUCUAUUUCUCAAGAUUCCACCGAUUAGAUUAUCUUUGUUUAAAAUAAUAUAGGAAAUGUCGUCAAGUAGAAAUAAGCGUAGAAUUAU